AUGUCUAAUAAAACACGUCAAAUUGCGCUUGCCAUUGAUCCCGUAUCAGAAGAAGCCAGCAAGACGAUAGAAUGGGCCAUUGAAAACUUUCUGCGGCCUACCGAUGAGAUUCAUGCAAUCAUGGUGAUGGUACUGGAUUGCGAGUUUGGUGAGCAAGAGUCUAUUGAGCUGCCACCUACAGAUUCGCUCGAGACGAUUGAAAAGGAGUUGACGCUUGAAAAAAUGAGAGCCAUGGACAAAGCAGUGGAUAAAAUCAAAGCAGCAGGAUUUCAAGUGAAAACACACGUAUUCAAGACAGAUACCACACAUGCCUGCAAUGUGCUUAUUGAUUUCCUGGAUACCAAGACCAUGGAUUGUUUGAUCAUGGGAAGCAGAAAUCUAUCAGGAUGGAAGAGGUUCUUUAUGGGUAGUUUUAGUGAUUACGUACAAUCUCACGUUCACUGCCCAGUUCUGAUUGUAAAAUAA